AUGCCCAACAUAGGCCGACCAAGUCGUGACUGCAAUUCAUGCCGGAAAAGACGCAUCAAGUGCGAUCUUAAAUAUCCAGAGUGCGGCCAAUGCUUGCGAAAAAGAUGGUCUUGUUCGGGCUACCGGAAGGACAGCGAUGUGCUCUUUCGAACAGAGACCCUAAUCUCAUUUCCAGACAAUCAAAGUAAAGACCGCCGCAAAAAACAGAUACAGCAAAUACAACAACGAGAGAAUGGUGUCUCCUUCAAAAAGCAAGAAGAUUUCGAUUCCUCCGCAAAAGGACUCUCGCCUUAUCGAAAGCAAAUUAUGAUACACGAUCAGUUAUCCGAGAACUGGGAUAACCACUUCAUACCUCUGGCUUUGGCCGGAUUGAGGAUAUCUGCUGAUAUGCCGUUGACUAUGCUCAAUGCUAUUUCGAAUAUAAUUUCACAGAAUGAUCAUGAAUCUCCCCUUUACAAGGCCUUGAAUGCUGUGGGAUAUACCUUUCUAGCAAGGACCAAUCCCUCAAAGAACACUUUGGCUCAGCGCAUAAAAGCAUAUCGGAAUGCUCUUACAGCAGUAAAUUCUACUCUUCGCGACUCCCAGAAGUGCAGAACAAACACUACUCUGCUCACUGUAUGGGUGCUUGGACUUUAUGAGUUUCUCGCCGACCCAACGAAUGCAGGAUGGCACAUCCACAGCCAAGGUCUGAUCAACUUAUUUCGAUUGCGUGGUUCUGAGAAUUAUGCAACGGAGGAUGGAAGAUACCUGUACCUGCUCUUUUUCAACAGCUUUCAAAUACAAGCCAUCAGAACUGGCGAGGAAAGCUACAUCACCGAGUCUAUCACACUGAUUCAUGAGAUCGCUGAUCAUUGUAAUUCGUCCGAAUAUUUGCCCCUUCGAACUUGUAUCUUCACAUACCAUUGUGCGCUUCAGUGCAGUCGAAUCCGGAAACUACUCAAUGAAGCCACUGAUGCCAAGUUGCUUUCUAGCUCAGAAUCUAUCUUGCAAGAUAUGGAUAACAUUGAGAAAGCAACUUAUCCUCUCAGUCAUAAGAGUUUCAUUACCGAAAAUAAAGUUGAAGCUCCAGUGCGCAUUGCACACGAUGACGACAGCCCCGGAAAAGAUACAAACCAUCCGAUGGAGGUUGAUUCCUUGUAUCGCGGUUCAAUCAUGUACAGGGUCAACUGGCGGAUACGAGUAUCAUUCUUUGUUUUAGAAUUCUUGCAACGAGUGUCUACAUCCCCGCGCAACAAUCUCUAUGCCUCGGAGACCAUGGGUAGAUAUGGCAAAAAUAUCCGGCUCCUAUCGGAUGAUAUCAAGGAGAUACACAAUGUCUAUACCCGAAAAAUACAGAAGCACAUCAAUCUUCUUCGCAUAAGAUCCCAUAGCCACACUGCCGAGAAUCAGUCAGUUAAAGCCGAAAUUGCCGGUCUAAAGGCCGCGCUCGAUAAAUACGCAAAGCAGAAUGAGUCAUUAAAAGGCAAAAUUCGCGCCCAGCAGUCCGAAAUGCAGGUGUGGAAGGACCAUGCCUGGGGUUUACUACUACAGUAUGCUCGUCUAUUGAGGAAGGUCUAUUCGUUGGACGACAAAGUUGGGCGUCUUAGUGAGGAAGUUAGAAAACGCGAUGUAUCAAACAAAUGA